AGGCCACACUGGAAAACAGCCAGGCAUGGUGACACACACCUUUAAUCCCAGCACUUGAGAUCUCAUGUCUUGCUUGGGAAAGACACACGCCUUUAAUCCCAGGAAGUGAUGGCAGGAAACAGGAAGGUAUAUAAGGUGUGAGGACCAGGAACUAGAGCCUUUUCAGCUUUUAGGCCUUUAGCAGCAGCAGUUCAGCUGAGAUCCAUUCCGAGGACUCACAAGCUUCAGUCUGAAGAUUCGUGGAAACAGGAUCUGAUCAGGAGUUGUCGAGGAAACAAUUACUCUUUGUAAGAAAUCACAGUAGAACGAAAAUUUACAGUAUCUACGUUUAUUUCCUAGUGUGUUAUUAAAUGGAACUUUGUGUGUCAUCAUAACACAGUAGAAGCAGCGACGGUCAGAUAACCGUUUGUGAGGAUGACACGGCACGGUAAGAACUGUACUGCAGGGGCUGUCUACACCUACCAUGAGAAGAAGAGGGACUCAGCGGCCUCAGGCUUUGGGACCCAGAACAUCCGACUGAGCCGGGACGCCGUGAAGGACUUUGACUGCUGCUGUCUCUCACUGCAGCCCUGCCAUGAUCCUGUGGUCACCCCAGAUGGCUACCUGUACGAACGGGAGGCGAUCCUGGAGUACAUCCUACACCAGAAGAAAGAGAUUGCCCGGCAGAUGAAGGCCUAUGAGAAGCAGCGAGCAGCCCGGAGGGAAGAGCAGAAACAGCUUCAGCGAGCUGCAGCCCAGGACCAAGUUCGAGGCUUCCUGGAGAAGGAGGCAGCCAUCGUGAGCCGGCCCCUCAACCCCUUCAUGCCCAAAGCUGCCACCUUACCCAACACAGAUGGUGAGCAGUCAGGGCCCAGGGCAGGUCCCCCAGGCAAGGACAAGAACAAAGCGCUGCCCAGCUUCUGGAUUCCCUCACUGACGCCUGAGGCAAAGGCCACCAAGCUGGAAAAACCAUCUCGCACUGUGACCUGCCCCAUGUCUGGGAAGCCUCUACGCAUGUCGGACCUGACUCCAGUGCGCUUCACGCAGCUGGGCGACUCUGGAGACCGCGUGGGACUCAUCACACGCAGUGAGCGCUACGUGUGUGCUGUGACCCGAGACAGCCUGAGCAAUGCCACACCAUGUGCAGUGCUGCGGCCCUCUGGGGCUGUGGUCACCCUGGAGUGUGUAGAGAAACUGAUCCGGAAGGACAUGGUAGACCUGGUGAACGGGGAUCCGCUGACAGAACGUGAUAUCAUCUUGCUGCAGCGCGGCGGUACAGGCUUUUCAAGCUCAGGAGUGAAGCUGCAGGUAGAGCUGUCUCGGCCAGUGAUGCAAGCCUGAGCUGUGACCUAAUAAACCUGCCUGUGAAUGGGAAAAAAAGAAAUACAUUUUAAUGCCAGGUGGUUGGAGAGCAUGCCUCUAAUCUCAGCACUUGGGCGGACAGGCAGAUCUCUGUGAGUUCAAGGCCAGCCUGGGCUACAGAGCGAGUUUCAGGAAAAGUAGAACUGUUGUUACACAUAAGUUAAAGUUCAUCAACACAGUAAUGUUAAGAACCAGGAAUGGAAGUAGUCAUAAGAAGAUCCUGGCUUCUUCUGGGCAUUUGAGUUGUUCUUCUCCUCAGGAAGGG